AUGCUGCGCAAGAUCGCCCAGCCGUACAAAGUGGCCAUCCGCCGCUGCACCUCCACUGCGCCGGAGGCCAACUCCAGCAAGGCGAUCCUGCGCCUGAUCCGGUUCGACCCUGCCACGAACAAGCAGCGGGUGGAGAGCUACGAAUACGACAAGCACCACGACUACAUGGUGCUCGACCUCAUCACGGCGGUGAAGGCACACCAGGACCCCACGCUGGCCUUCCGCGCGUCGUGCUGCGAGGGCGUCUGCGGAAGUUGCGCGAUGAAUAUUAAUGGCAUUAACAGCCUCGCCUGCAUCACGUUUUCGCAGCAGGUGACGACGGUCGGACCGCUGCCGAACUUUCCCGUCAUUAAGGACUUCGUCGUUGACCUGCGCCACUUCUUCCGGCAGUACGCGUACAUCCGCCCCUUCGUGCGCAACUCGAACCUCGACCGCAGCCGCGUAGACAAUAUCAUGGAUCGCUACAACACGAUCAGCAAGACGAUUCAUGGCGUUAGCCCGCGUGAGGAGGCGCUGCAGACGGAGCUGCCGUCGCACGGCGGCGUGCAGACGGAGGUAGUAGGGAUGCUGCGCCUCCUCGACGCGCUGUGCGAGGCGGGCGACGUGACGCACAUCGUGUGCACGCUGGGCGAGCUGGAGGCGAGGGGCGUGCAGCUCGACCAGGAGAAGGUGAAGGUGCUCCUCGAGACGGCGCUGCAGAACUACGGCAAGAAGCAAGGCGCCGCGUAG